AUGACUUCAUUGUAUACUAUUGAGACAGGAUUUAUUAAACUUAAUAAAAAAUAUAUUUUAUGGAUUUUAUUAUUAAUGAUUAGUAAAUUUACUCAUUUAUCAUUUAUUGAAUGUGAUACAUUUCAAAGUCAUUUAAUUUAUUGGGAUCCAGAUAAUAUUGUAUUUCAAACAAAACCUGUACCACUUCUUCGAGUAAAACCAAAAGAUGAAAUUAUUUUUGUUUGUGCCCAAGAAUCACUUUACAUAUUAUGGACUUAUGAAUUCAAAGUAUUUGAAUCAUGUUCAAUGUGGUUAAAUGAUAAUCUUAUGGUUAAUCUUUUAUUAAGAUGUCCAGAUAAAUCAAAUCGAAAAUUACAAAUGCGUCAAAGUACUAAUAACAUUCCAAAAGAUAAAUUAAACUUGAAAUAUUCCCACAAUUCAUUCAUUAAAAAUCAAUCAAGUUUAAUGGGAAAUAGUUCAAUAGUUGAAAAGAACUAUAUAAAAUUAAAUAAAUAUUCUAAACGUUCUACAAAAAUAUUCAAUAAACGAUCGUCAUCAUCAACAUCUUUGAAGUCAUUAAUUUCACAUUCUCCAUUAAUUGAUCGUAAAAAACAUCCAUCACAAUUUACGUUAUUAGUAGAAGAAUUCGCAUGGGCUAAUGGAAAUCCAAGUUUUCCUGUAAAUCGUCCAGUUUAUUUUCUUGCUCAACCUAGUGUCUGCCAUUCAAGAAACAUGCGAUUGGGAAUCGUGAAUGGAGAUUUCACUGGAUUGCUAUCUGAUCCAUAUGUUAAUCGAUUUCAAACAUUUUGGUUCACAAAUAAUUCUGGUCUUAUCCCAUCACUAAAACGAAAUUCAUCAUUUUUAUCAAAAUCAGAUCCAAAUAAUUAUGAUCCAAAUAUACAAAAGAAUAUUUUAUCGAAUGACAAACAAGGUUUAUGCUCAGCUGCUUCAACCUCAUCAUCAUCUUUGUCUAUUGUAAAUGGUUACUUUAAAGACUUAUUAAAGAUUCUACUUGUUAUGAAUUUUAUUAUUCCAAUCAUAAUAUUUUACAUUUGUUUAAAUUAA